CGGGUGUGGGCGUCCGAAGCAUCCCUUGGCCCCCUCCUCCCACUUGUGCACCCUCUCGAGCAGGUCGCGGGCAUCCUUCAACGCUAUAAACGCGCUGCCGUCACCGCCCUUAUCGGGGUGUUUGUAGUCGCCGGACUGCACACACAGCCAGCACAUUCAGCCAGCCACCAGCUCUCACGCCCGCCCCCAGUGCACGUGUGGACGUACCAGCGCCUUUUUCUUGUAAGCCUUCUUGGCCUCCUCCCACUCCGUGAACCACUUGACGCCCAGCGUCUCGCUGGCGGCCUGGGCGCCACUGAGGUCUCCUGGGCCUUCAGCUCCUCCCGCAUCUUCUGGGCCCGCUCCUCCUGCGCCCUCUCGAACUUCCGGAGCUCCUCCCGCGUCUCCGCAAUCGCGGCCUCUUGGGCCGUCAGCUUCUCGUGCAGCUCCUGGCACGUGGCCCGACGCGCCUUGCGCUCCUUGGCUCGCUGCAAGCCAGAUAGACACCCAGGGAGAGAACAGGGAGAGAAGGCACACACACAGAUCUUUCACUUGCGCAUGCAUCCCCGCUCUCAUCGCCAUACGUACCGGGUGUGGGCGUCCGAAGCAUCCCCUGGCCCUCUCUGUGGUGCACCCGCUCCAGCAGGUCGCGGGCAUCCUUCAACGCUAUGAAGGCGCUGCCGUCACCGCCCUUGUCGGGAUGCUUGCAGUCGCCGGACUGCACACACAGCCAGCACAUUCAGCCAGCCACCAGGUCUCACGCCCGCCCCCAUUGCACAUGUGGACGUACCAGCGACUUUUUCUUGUAAGCCUUCUUGGCCUCCUCCCACUCCGUGAACCACUUGACGCCAAGCUUCUCGCUAGCGGCCUUCGUGCCGCUGAAGUCUCCUGGCUCGAGCUGCGGGUUGCUGCAGUUUCCCAU